CUUAAUGUUUUGCUUCAUGUGGUUCAAGUCGACCGUGUUAUCUGAGAAUUUGGUGUCUUUUUGGAAUACUUAUACUUAAACAUUCUGGUUCUAAGGGAUGUAAUGAGUCCGUACAUCUAGAUAAUAUCGUGGUAAGCAUUGGAUGACCAAAAUUUGAGUGCAGAGCGAAUGCACAGUCUUACAGCAAUUAUGUGAAACUUAGAGAAUGAUAAUGUAUGCCGAUAGGACUCGACCACCGAUAAAACAGAGCACGAUUAAUCUGCGGUAUAGCUACGCUCUUCUCCCUCCCGUUAAGCCCUCCUCCACCGCCGAACGCUUUUCCACGCCGCCGCUAGACCAUCCUGCUGUAGGACUCCUAAACCCCUGUCAGCUUGGUGUCGGAGGAGACCGUCGCACAGUAUCCUUCUGCUGCCGCGAAAACCCUGUCACUCGCCGGGGAAUAUAGCCACUAUGAGAGGGAUCAUGUCAUCCGAGUGCUAAUAUCCGACGCCCGCCUGGCGGAUUCGAGCAAGUCGUGGCAGGACUGCUGGCGGAAAUGUUCUCUGAUCCACGUCGUCGGGGGAAAAGCCCCAGUACGAGCCAUGGAGAAAAACGUCGUAGCUUCCCUGAGGAAGAUUUUGUUUGAGGAAAAGUCCAGCAAGAAGAAGUGGAUCGUGAUAGUGAUGGCCGGCUUUUACAACAUCAUGCAAGGAGACUGCACUGCCGAAAGUGUUUUGCAAGAGCUGUUGGACUUGAGGGAGGCCGUUCUGAAAAUCUUGCCUCCGGGAACGGUCGUGGUGUUGGGUACAGUGCCGGGGGUGUACAAGAAUCAGCUAAGCAGGAAAAAGAAGCGGAAAGUGUUUAAUCAUUUGAACGACAUGAUCACAAAGCAAAACCAACGCUUUAACAGGGACGUGUCGAUAAUUCUGUCCAACCACGGCAAGAAGAGAUUUUCCGAGAUCGUCAAAAGUGACAGCGAAAUCACGAAUAUGGUCGAGGAUAUCCACAGGAGCUUCCUUCUGUGCACCCAGUUGGUCAUUCAUCCCGCGACCUCCGCCUCGACCAAAGAUUAUCCCGCCGGCGCUGCUCCACCUGGAAGAGAAUCCUCAAGAGCAUCUGUCUCGGCUUCUGAAGAGGCUGUUCCUCUGCCCGGGAAGUCCGACCCUCACAGCUUCCUUGCUGAUAGAGAUAGUCAUACUCAACCGAAAGAGACGAAAGCAGAAACAAAAAAAUCAUCGAAUACAUGCGUGCUACACGAGGACUGCAAUGUGGAAGUGGUGUAUGUGUCAAGCCAAGGAGGCGUCAGCACAGAAAAGGCGUCUUUUAUAAUGGCGUCAGAUAGUCGCCUGAGAAAUAUCAGGCUCGCUUGGACCUCGGAGUUUCCUUUGGUCCACGUCCUCGGGAAGGAAAAGCCCGUGAGAGAUUUGCAUGAGGGCUUCGUAACGGCGCUGACGAAGCUGCUAGUCGAAGAGAGUUUAUCGAGUGACAGGAGACUGGUGGUUGUGUUGUCAGCCGGUUCCUACAACAUUAUCAGAGGGUGCCAUGACCCCGACAGCAUCAUGACAGAACUUUUGGAUUUGAGGAAGGCCAUUGAACAUGUUCUACCACCUGGUGCCAUUACAGUCAUCUGCACUCUUCCUUGCACGUCAGGGAAGGGCUUGUCGAAAAAGGUACAGGCUAAAGCAAGUGAAAUGUUUACGCAGGUGAACCAGCUGAUCACGGAGCAUUAUCACCAGCAGAUCCCCGCGUCAGCCGUCAGGGUUAUUCCAGCAUUCGACACCAAAAGAGUCUCCGUAGUUUUGACGAAAGUGGAAAUUGCGAAAUUCAUCCACCCGCUUGAGAAAUGUUUCAAGUACUUCUCCGCGCCGGCAAUUUGCUGUUUCUGCCUUGUCAUGUCGAGCAAAUUGUCGACAUCGUACACAAAGGGAAGUUUUUGCAUGGCUUGUGAUGCGUGCCUGAUGGAAUUUUCUGCGCCGGAGUUGGCAGUUGAAGUCGAUUCCGAGAGUUCCCCGGUGAAGGACGGCGAGCAAUUACAAGUUCCCAGCCACUCUGGGCAGGAGGAGGACCUGGGCUGGCAGAAGAUAUUCCAUUUGAAAGAAUGCCUGAAGGACAAGAAAGCCUUCCCCGUGGUCUCUCUGUCCGACUCCCUAGCAGGACUCCUAGCCGUCGCCUUCGACAAGGACCUGUUCGUUUUACUGAAGAAGGUCCUGAGGGAGGAGGCGAAGAGCGUGAAACCCCUUUCGAGCUGUACUUACAACGACAUCGCGUUUCUGGGCAUCACGGGCGAGCGCGCGGUGAACCUGAACCUGAACAGGCACGUGCCCAAAGAGCAAGGGGAGCUUCUGAUAAUGGCUGCGGUUAUCAUCAGGGAUUGUCUGCAGUCGUUCCCAUCUAAGAGAUAGGGGAGGGAUUGCGAAAACGGGGGAGGGGUGCGUAUUGGGGAUGUUUGAUGCCGCUUGCAUUAGACCUGGCGAUUGUGUGGCUAGUGUUUAUUGGUCAUAAUGGUUAUUGAGGUUAUAAGUCCUGUUUUUAUAUGAUAAUAUUACUGAAAUAUGCCGGUAAGAGGUUAGAUCUUAACGACUGUGAGGCUAAUGCAGGUGAGAUUUAUAAUCAAUUAGACGGUGCUGUGUUUUCCUUUCGUAGUAAUCAGUGGUAUGAUUUGUUAUUUAAAAAAGAAGGAAAUAUUAUUUUCUGAAAACUCGUAUCUCUACUAAUUUUCUAAAAGAGGGAUGAUUACAUUUCUCUCUCGUUAUUUUCUUCUUUUCGAAAUAUAUAUAUAUAUAUUUUCCCUAAUGAUAACUUAGGCUGCGGAAGAGAUACGAAUGUUCGAUUCUGUAUUUCGUAUAACCUGUAGCCCUUCCGAUUUUCCAUUUACUUCAGAUUGAUGAUUUUGUAUCUGUCAUCGAGAACAAGAUACUGACAAAUUGAAGGCGUUGAAGAGAAUUUGAUUUCCCUUAUUUCCAAAUUCUUUACAGUGUGGCCAAAUCCAAAGCUUUAUGCCAUCUGUCCAUAAGCAUCAAAAUGUAUGUUGUAUGUAGAGAUAAUAGUUACUCUGUUUACCUCGAA